UGAGCAGCAGCAGGAGCAGGAGCUCAGACGGAGCGCAAUGGUCUGCUGCAGAGACGCUGCAAAAUGCCGGAUGGACGAGUCGCCGUGCGGGCAUGGAGCACUCUCACUCUCAUAGCGGCGCUGUGCAGCCUCCCACCCCCAUCCCACACCUACUUUGGACUGACGGGGAAUGAGCCCCUGUCCAUGCUACCUCUGAGCUUCCAGCCCGAGGACGGACCAGCGAGGGCACACUACAAACUCUGCGACCGGCUCAAACUGGAGAAGAAGCAGCGCAGGAUGUGCAGACGAGACCCAGGCGUGGCUGAGACACUCGUGGAUGCCAUUAGCCUUAGUGCACAAGAGUGUCAAUACCAAUUUCGCUUCGAGAGGUGGAACUGCACCUUAGAGGGGCGCUACAGAGCAAACAUUUUAAAAAGAGGUUUUAAAGAGACGGCGUUCCUCUACGCGAUCUCUUCAGCUGGUUUGACCCAUGCCAUGGCUAAAGCGUGCAGCGCAGGACGGAUGGAGCGCUGCACUUGUGACGAGGCUCCUGACCUGGAGAACCGAAAGGCCUGGCAAUGGGGGGGCUGCGGGGACAACCUUAAAUACAGCAACAAGUUCGUCAAGGACUUCCUGGGCAAGAGGUCUAACAAGGACCUGCGAGCCCGCGUUGACAUGCACAACAGCCACGUUGGCAUGAAGGUCAUUAAGGCUGGUGUGGAUACAACCUGUAAGUGUCACGGCGUGUCAGGCUCGUGUACGGUGCAGACAUGUUGGCGUCAGUUAGCGCCAUUCCACAAAAUUGGCAUGGUUUUGAAGCAGCGCUACGAGACCGCACUCAAGAUAGCCAGCGCCACCAACCAGGCGAAAGGUGAGGGCGAGCUGCCCAACGCACCACCUCGUACCCGAGCCGAGCCUUUCUCACGCACCUCUGACCUCCUGCACAUCGAGGACUCGCCCAAUUUCUGCCAGGCCAGCAUAUACUCGGCUGGGACAGCAGCACGAAAGUGCCACAAAGACAAGAACUGUGACGCCAUCUGCUGUGGGCGUGGCCAUAACACGCAGAGCCGCGUGCUGACCCGACCGUGCCAAUGCCAGGUGCGCUGGUGCUGCUACGUUGAAUGCAAGCAGUGCACGCAAAAAGAGGAAGUGUAUACAUGCAAGGGGUAAAAAAUAAUACCCCAGCAGCCACACACCAUGGACAACGAGGGUUUCUGAGCCUGACUGGAAAAGUGACGGACGGUCGUACACUUUCAGACCAAAAAAAAAGCAUUAACUUCUCUCUUCUAUCUCAAAUGGACGGAUUUUAACUUUUUUGGUGAAAAUUAUUUCCAGGGACUUUUUUUCCUUUGACACUCUGGAAACCUUCAGAAAAUUAACCAGGGGAGAAAAGUUGGUCUACAAUCUCAUACUUCAUGAGACUGUGUGUGUGUUUGUGUGUGUGUGUUUGUGUGUGUGUGUGUGUUUGUGUGUGCUUGCAUGCUAUCAUUAUAAGUGAGAAAAAAUACCGACGGGGUGUGAGAUUUGUUCGAGAAGCACAUACCUUCUUCACCCACACUACAGUGUGUAUAUGCACCGUGUACAUAGAUUAAAUUGUAUUAUAAUUAUUUUAUAUAGAAUAUAUAUAUAUACACACCACUUAUCAGAAAUAUGUCAUAAGAAAAAGCAGAGAGUAAUAACCACUAAGCACAACAGUGUGCUCUUGUUCACUUGGAUUUUCUUAGAUUUCUUGACAAGGCCCUUUAGAACCAAAGCAGAAACAUGACUUAGCUUCAGGGGACAAACGAACAUGUGAUUUUAUAUCAUCAGAAAUGAAAUGUUUCCAUUACACACAAUGUAGUCACACUGCUAGCUAUAAACUCCAGACAACUUCAGUUAGCAUGGUUAGCCUUGUUGCUGUAGAAAAUGACAAAAACAACAGCGAGUACGUCUCAGCCGACUGGCUACAUUUAGGGGGAUAGGGACAACGUGGACAUUUUUGGUCCAAAUAAUCACUUUAAAUGUUUUUGACUUAGCAAUGAUGACUAUUCAGGGAAUCUUCUGUAAAACCACUAAUCAUGUGAUCCGUUGUAACAAAUUCAGUGCUGACUCGUUGCUCCAAAAGCAAUCUGACAGUUUUAAUAAGAGCCUGAAUAGACAGCGCUUCCACUGACAUCAAGCCUGUGUCCCAAAUGCUAGCAUGCACUACACAUUAGCGUUAUUCAUAAGAACAACAGCUAGCAAAUAACGCAGGAUGAUUUUGCUAGCUAGCAAGUAGCAGAUAUAUUUAACGCCAAUAUAGAACCAAGUCGGAUCUGAACAUAUCGCUCAAAACUUCAUGACAUCUGACAGAGCUUCAAAAUGGUGGUUUGAGCAAGAACAUUAGUGUUUGAGAUGAAGUCUUUGGCAAGAAUGCUAACAUUUGGGACGUACCAUGCAAAAAAUAAAUAAAUAAAUAACAAAAUGUCCCACGGACUUCUUAUAAAAAAAGUGUACAUUUCUAAAUUGCUAAGGAUGUAUACUUCAGUAUAUGAUACUAAAAUCAGUUUAGGUGUAUUAAUCUAGCUCUCAAACUAACACAAGCUAGCAAAUCUCUGUUAGCUAGUUAAAUGUUCUCAGAGAAACAACAGGAAUUAGAUUUCAGUACAGUUGGAAUGUUAAAUAUUUAGUAUAAAACCGAUCCUAUUAGUUUCCAAAUAAAUCAAUUUAUUAGCGUUAGUUUAUUAGUGAUAUUUUUAAAUUUCAGUAUAGUGACUAAGAUCUAAACGUCAGAUCCACACACCCUCCAUGCUAAUGCAGUGGCUGCACACGCUGAUAUUUUGACAAGUCAGAAUUCUAUACCCUGUAAAUAGAAAUGCUUUCUAUAGAACUGCCUAUGACGAACUAAGUGCGCUCCUAUAUAAAGAUAUAUAUCAUGUAUAUGUUUAUCAUUUUUACAUUUUUUUGUUUCAGUACGAUUGAACUACUGAAUGAGACCCCGAUUAGCAAAACAGCACAGUUAGCGCACUGAAGCUUUCCCAGUAUUUAUGGAUAUGUAUUUAUGAACAAAUAUCUGGCUACAUAAAGUUGUAAAUAGUUUACGGUUAUGUUCCUGUGGUGUAAAGCCGAUGGUGAGGCACAUGCGCAGAAAUUCCACUGCGAAACUAACGUCCAAAACAGAGAAUUUGUUAAUAUUAUGGCAAUACUAGUGUGGCUAAUAUUUGUUAGGCGCACACAUAUUCCUUAGCGAUAAAAAAGUAAAAACAAUGUAGCUUUGCUAGCAUGAAUUACCAUGCACAUAUUUUUUCUAUUCUUCUGUUCCUGUAUUAACUGAUACGCAAGUUCACAGUAGCACAGCUGCAUUAGCUUAGCAUCUGUUAUUUGUUUGAGAUUCAUGAGUAAACUUAAUAAGCAAAAGAGCUAACAAAGCCAUGACAGCAUUGAGUUUACUCAUGAAUCUUGGGUUAAUCAAAAGUUUUAGAUUCCAGGAAAAAAGAAAAUAAAAAAAACAUUGACGUGCCUUGACUUUCUGGGUGUGUGUAUAAGUGUGUCACAUCAGUUUUCAGCUGAAUUCCAGACAGUUUUGUGAGAAGGACGAACGGUAAUUAAAGCCAACCUCACACGCUACAUGCAAACCAUAAUAGCAAAGUGGAAGACGUUGGUGUGCAUUCCUCUAAACCACAGCUGCACAAAACAUGUUAGCAUUCGCUAAACGUCCUCGGCCUCCAGCACACACGUUCACAAACGCUGAAAGAAUCACUGAUGUUGCUAAUUAGCACAGCUGCUAGGCACUUUCCCUCCAGGAUAAAGCAGCAGCCGCGUUUCGUUUUCUCAGCAACAAAAACACGUGAUUAGUGUGAUGCUAACGUUGUGUUUUAUGUCUUCCGAUUUUUAAUCUGUAAAGAAACUCUAUUUUGUAGGGAAAUUUUAACGACAAAUUAUAAAUUAUUUUUUGAAAUGUUUUAUGAGCAUGUGUACAUUUUGUACAGAUGAAAUUUUGUAUGGCGUCUUUUGUACCGAUUAUUGGUGGUUUUGGUGUUUCUUUUUUGGGGAAGCAGUGUGUGUUUAAAUUCAGCGUGACUGUUAGAUAAAUCAGCAUAAUGCCAUUAAACAAUGAUAGCUGUGCUGUGAACAGAGACUGGACCCCUUGGUGUACAUCAUCAAUACAGGGACAUAGUAUAUAAGGAACUGAAUGAAUAAUAAUGAAAUGUUCUCAUGCAUGCUUUAGCAUUUCUACCCAGGUAGCAGAUUUAGAUGUGUAGCAUUAAUCUUAAAGGUGAACUGUAGGUUUUAAACUGUUUCAGUCCAACUACAAGCAUGUGUUUUUAUUCCAUCAGUUAACAAGAAUUAUAGUCUGUCAUACUCUUUGGCUGCUAGCACUGCUAAAGUGUCUGUCUCUCAGCCAAUGAGAACAAAUACGAGUAGACUGAUGUUAGCAAAACAUGCUUGAUUAAAUACUUAAUAAGUGAUGGAAUGAAAGCAGCACUUGUUAGUGCACUUGUUAGUUUAGGUAGCCCCCUUAGUUAUGUCCCCUUGUUCAGAGGGGUCCAGUCACUGUGCUGUUCUCUCAGUUUGUGUUCAGUGAUUAGUGCAAUUCCACAGCUUUGUUUUCCCAGUAAAUUUCCUCUCUGGGGCAGUGGUUUGUUUCACUAUCCACUCUGUCGUGUCUUAUUAUGGGAUGCUCAGAUGAUUUCCCUCUACCUCAUGUGUAUAGCCUGUAGGUAUAAACUGAUCAUGCGUGACUGGUAAGAAUGUAUUUAAGUUAUUUAACAUCUUUGUAUAACAAAGGCAAGAAAAUCUGAAAAUAUUAAAUGGAUUUUUAAAGAAA